UUCAAUUUCGUGUAACAUUUCGUGAAAUCUAAAUGUUGAUGUGUAAAGAAAUCUUAAUUAAUUGAAUUGAGAAAAAAAUUGGAUAUGAAAAUCUUAAAAAUCAGCAAAAUGAUUUGAAAAUUUUCAGAUAAUGUCUUCAAAACAAAAUAUAAAAAUAAAACUAAGAAAAACUAGUGUAAAAAAUAACAAAAAUAAAAAGUGAAAUCGCGAACAAUUUGGAACAGAAAAAAUUCCAACCAAACCAACAAGGACUUUUGACGCGUUUUUGUAAAUGACCCCAAUAAAACAACAAAAACAAAGUGAAACAAAACAGAAACGGGCUAAUAAAAAUCAUAUUUAUAGUGAGAAACCCUUUCAUAUAUAUAUAUAAAGAAAAAAAUUAUUUAAAAUUUAUAUAAAAAUAAUUGAGAAAAGAAAGUUCAAUUAACCAGCAGCCGCCAGUGUAGUGAGUGUUGUAUAUUUGUGCUUUCUUAAGAAAAUAUAAUAAUUUAAAAAAAUAUACCUAUAAGAAAAAAGUUUAAACAAAUCCACCAAUCAAACAACAAACCAGAGAACACCAAUAAUCAUAUCUUACUGUAUAUAAUAAAUGUAAAAAAAUUAACAAAAAACAAUAUAUAAUUAAAUUAGAAAAAGAUCUCGAAUAAUUUAAAAUUCUUUUAAGAAAAAAAAAAUAUCGUGUAUCUUGAGUACAACUAUUCCUGGUGUAAAUUUCUUGAAAAAAUAAAUAAAUACUACCUACCUACCAACCUAUAACUAACAAGUGAUUUUGUGUUAAUUUUUGUGUUUAAUUAUUAAAUUGAAUUUAAGAAUUAAUGAAAAUUCUUCUUAACAAUAAUGGUGACAAAACCUAAAAUAGUGGAUACAAUUAACAGUAAUAAUAAUAUUCAAUGUAAAAAUUCGGCCUCGGCCUUAAAUAACAAAUCUAUAGAAUCGACAUCGUCUUCAUCAACAACUCCAGCAAUGUGCAAAACUACAAUAACCUCUAAUGCUGAUGCAUCAACGGCUGCACCCUCCUCUGCCGUUGCUUUAACAGCCAGCGGUAAACCCAAAGAGAAAAGACGGAACAAUGAAAAACGUAAAGAACGUUCUCGAGAUGCCGCCAGAUGUCGCCGUUCUCGUGAAACUGAAAUCUUUACCGAAUUGGCACAAGUUUUACCCUUGAAAAAGGAAGAUGUCCAACAACUAGACAAAGCCUCGGUCAUGCGUAUAGCCAUAGCCUAUUUAAAAGUGCGCGAUAUGUUGAAAAUGUUUCCCAAAAUUCAAGAACUACUCGGUGAUUUACAACUCUCUGACAACAAUACAAGUGAGGAAAACCCGGAUUCCUCAGCUGAUACUUCUGCUCUUAAUAGCACUUUAGAUUCCAAUGAUUCUUCAACACAAUCUUCACAAAUCUCCGAAGAUUCCAAUCAACCAACUGCUGUGGAGGCUGUACAAUCCUUAGAGACUACAGCUUUAGUCCCAGCAAAUGGUAGUCCUGUUGCAGCCGAAGAUUUUAGUAUGUUGCUAAAACAAACCUUAGAUGGUUUCUUAUUGAUCUUAUCCAAUGAUGGUGAUAUUACCUAUGUGAGCGGUAAUAUCAGUGACUAUUUGGGUUUGUCAAAAAUUGAUAUCUUGGGCCAACAAAUUUGGGAAUAUGCCCAUCAAUGCGAUCAUGCUGAGCUUAAGGAGGCUCUCAAUAUAAAACGCAACGGCUUGACCGAUAAAGUUAAAGAUGAAAAUCUUUUAGAGGAGGGCAUCUCUACCGAUCAUCGUGAUUUAUUUGUGCGCUUAAAGUGCACCAUUACAAGUCGUGGUCGUAGUAUCAAUAUUAAAAGUGCUUCUUAUAAGGUUAUUCAUAUAACUGGUCAUUUGGUGGUUAAUACAAAAGGUGAUCGUGUCUUAGUGGCCAUGGGUAGACCCAUACCACAUCCUUCCAACAUUGAAGUGCCCUUGGGAACCUCCACCUUCUUGACCAAACAUUCGUUGGACAUGAAAUUUACCUAUGUGGACGACAAAAUGUUAAAUUUAUUGGGUUAUAAACCGGAAGAUUUACUAGAAACAUCUUUAUUCAAUUGUCAUCAUGGUAUGGAUACCGACAGUUUAAUGACAACUUUUAAAAAUGUGCUCUCCAAAGGCCAGGGUGAAACCUGUCGCUAUCGUUUCUUGGGCAAAUACGGCGGUUACUGCUGGAUCGUUACUCAAGCAACUAUUGUUUAUGACAAACUUAAACCACAAAGUGUGGUUUGUGUUAAUUUUGUUAUAAGUAACUUGGAGAAAAAGCAUGAAAUUUAUACUUUACAACAAUACGAAGAAUCACAAAAACUUAAAAUUGAAGAAAAAUCUCUCGAUAACAUACCAACGGAAGGUUUAAUUGACAACAAACCCCAAAAAGAGGAAAUCAAAGAUCUAACAGAACCAACUGAAGAAAAAUUAUUUGCUGCUUCGGAAUUAAAUCACACAAAAGAAGCAAAAAUAAUAAUUAAUAAACUUGAAACAACAACAACUACUCCACUCAAUAACAAUUUAAAAUUAAACAAUAAUCAAAAUAAUUUAAAAGAAGAAAACAUAAAUGUUAAACCGAUUAUCAAACAAGAACAAAUACCAACAAUUGUUUUAAAUAGCAACAACAAUAAUAAUAAAACUAGCCCCUUAAACACUGCUACUUCUACUCCAAACGCCACAGUAGCAACUCCCUUAUUACCACCACCAAACCACUGUCCCACCACUACUGUUACCCAUACAGUUUUUAAUAAAUCUAAACCAACUAACGGUGGUCCGAAAACCGUUACUUCUUCGUUGAUUUUAACCAAUUUACCCACUACCACAUCGACUCAAUCAAUUUUACAACAACAUCAAACUUUGAAUGUUGCCAAUAACAAUAAUACGCGUGCCACGCCCCAAUCUGUAACAGCUUCGGUAUUUUCACCUUUACCGCCUACAAAAUUACCCUCGACUACAGCUACAGCUGCUAUUUUAGCUCAACAACAACCACAGCAACAGCAACAACAACAGCAAUCGGGAGGUGGACAACUAACAGCUAACGCGAAUCAUCCACAAGAUAUGAAUAAAGGAUAUUUAUCAUUUGCCGAGGAUGCCACAGAAUUAACAAUGCUUAAAGAAGAACCAGACGAUUUAACUGCCCAUUUAGUGGCCACAAAUGCUGUCGAUGCCUGUAUGCCACUCGAUGAAUCGGGCCCCUUAUUUGGUGAAAUUUUAGUAGGUUUUGGCAUGGGCUCUUACAGCAGCCUCUUACCUGAUGAUAUCAAUUCAUUAGACUCUAAUACAUCGUCUUUAGAACAUAGCAGCAAUCAUAAUACUAAUAACAAUAACAGCAACAAUAAUAGCAAUAAUCAAACAAUAAACAAAUCUUCAGCAAUAACUUGUUCGCCUACAACAGCAGCCAAUUCGACUACAACAUCGUCAACGUCCUCUUCAACAUCUUAUAAUGCCUCAAUUGUGGCAACAACACAUAAUAACAGACAAUCUAUUACAUCGUCCUCGUCGUCGUCGCCAUCAUCAUCUUUGAUAACAACUACAACAUGUACAUCAAAUAAUAGCAAUAGUGCAGCAACAACGACAGCAACAAAUAGCACAAAUAUUGAUCCAUUUAUAAAUUAUCGUGAUGAAUCGAACGAUACAAAUUGCUCACAGCAUUUACUGUCGCCAAGUGUUACAUCCAAGAGUCCAGAAGGUAGCAGUCUACCCUCAUUAUGCAGUCCCGACUCAUUAAGUCAAGAGGAUGAUUUUUCAUAUUACACCAUGAAUGUCGAUGAUAUGGAUGAUUUAACAAUGCGUGCUCCCUAUAUACCCAUGAAUGAACAAGACGAUUUACCCUUGUUAACCACCGAUGAUUACAUGUGGAGUAGUGGUAAUGCCUUUACGCCCGAUGAGUUUAGUUUGCAUACAAAAGAUUCCGAUAAUUUGCAAACGUUACAACUCAAUCAAUUAUUAAACUAUCAACAACAACAAUUCACGCAACAGCAGCAACAAACGCAACAAUUUUCAAAUUCGUUAUGUUCAUCGCCAGCCUCAACAGUAUCCUCAAUGUCGCCCUCACCCAUACAACAACAACAACAGCAGCAGCAACAACAGCAAAAUUCUCAACAAAUGUUCUCUACUGAUUCAUCUGAAUUGGCUGCUUUAUUAUGUGGUUCGGCUAAUGCUACUCUCACCACCCUACAGGAUACAACAAAUUUUACAAAUUCUUUAAAUUUAAAUGCAUCUCCGGGAGGUAGUGGUUCAACUCAAACUGUUGAUAAUAAUGUGGUUUUAACCGAUGAUUUGGAUAGUGUUAGUGUGGCUAGUUCUUCGUCUACGGCUUUGGAUCAUCAUCAACAAUUGCAACAGCAUUGUUUGCAACAAUUUCAAGAACAAUUGCAACAGCAACGUCAACAACAGUUAUUGAGUGGUAAUUGUAAAAAAGAAAAAUUCGAAACAUCAAAUAAUUCACCAUCGUUGACACCGAAUCUAUGCGAUUCCAUAGAGGAUACUUUCGAUAAUGUCUAUAGCAAGAAUUCAACAAAUUUGGAUUGUUGGAAUGAAUUUUUACAAAUCAAUACAAAUGAGAAUACAAAUACAACAAAUAAUAAUGUUGCGGUUGCUACAACAGCACAACCACAACAAGCAAUGGAUAAUUUAAGACAAGAAGACUGUAAACAACAAUUACACAUGCAAUUGCAACAGCAACAGCAGCAGCAACAACAAACACAAAACAUUAUUAUAAAUGCAGUGCCAUUGAUAACAAUACAAACCACAAGCAAUAAUAAAAAUGUAUUGAUACAACAGCAACAGCAGUUGCAACAGCAACAGCAAAGCAAUACAAAAACUUUAAAUAAAGUGAAUACCAUUAAAUUGACACCCAUAACAAGUACGGCUACCAUUAAGAUUAUUGAAAAUAAACAGCCUUUAAUGCAGCAACAACAACAACAGCAACAAAAUAUUAUUAAAACUGCUUAUAUACAAGCCACACCCAGUAACGGCUGUGCUGCAGUGACUGCCAAUAAAAGGCAUUUGUCCAACAAUCAAUUAAACAAUAAUACCUUGGAAUCUAAACGUUUAAAAAGCAAUAUAAUGGAUAUGCAAAAUUCCAAUACAACUUCACAAUUGUUGCAACAAUUGAUAACAACACCACAACAACAGCAGCAACAACAGCAAACAUCUACUAAAACUACCAAAGCUGUUUUGGAAACAAGAUGGUCUUCUAAUGAAAAUCAAGCUUUAACACAGCAACAGCAGCAAAAACAACAACAACAACAGCAGAAACAAUCAAAUAGUGUUUUGAAGAAUCUUUUGAUUAGCGGUUGCGAUAAAACAAAAUUAACCAAACCGGAAUAUAUAAUCAUUGAUGAUGCCUCCCGGUCAUCGAUGCAAUCACCAGACCUUUGUCUUUCUCCCUCAAUGACCAGACCAUUGCAAUGCAUGACCUCGCCGGUUGCAGUAUUGCGUAAUUAUCGUCAUAACCCCUGGAUAGGAGGACCAGGUGUUCUACCAUCACCCACAUCAAGUUUGAUAACUAAUGAGGAUUCUAAUCCACCUGGUUUGACGCCAUGUGAUACCAUCGAUUCAGCCAGUGAUAGUGGCAUUGAUGACAUAAGUAUAGCAGAAAAUAUGUCACCUCUAAAGAGACCCUAUGAACAACAGCUACAACAAAAGAAACAAAUUGAAAAUAUUUAUGGAAUGACGGCAGCAGCAGUAAUUGUUAACAGCAACAAUAAUAAAAAAAUUAUACAAAUCGAUAACGAUAAUAUAGUAAAAAUUGCCAACAAUAACAACAAACUAAAUGAAAUGAUUAAAGCCAAUGGUCUUAAGGCCACCCCAAAUACCACCACCACUAGCACUAGUGCCAUUCUAAUGCAUGAAGUGGAUUUACCCAAGAAAUUACAAGAAGUUGAGGAAGAGGAAGGUGCUACUAUGUGUAAACGUAAGCGUUCUAUUUCAUAUUUGGACAGCAGUAACCCUUUGAUGACUCCUUUUCUAAUGGAUCUAUGCAAUGAUGAUUAUCAUAUGACUACCAAGGAGUAUUUGCAAGAUAAUGAUAUUGAAAAUGUUUUAAACGAAUGGCCCGUGGAUUUAGUUUAGUUUUAAAUAAACAAAACUUUUUUUACAUUUAAAAUUUACAAAACACACAAAAAAAAACACUUGACUAAAAAAUUUUUUCAUA